AUGAAUUCGUUCGCGAAUUCUUUCAACCCUUAUUUGUCAAACAUUAAAGUUCAGCUUGCUUUAACUGCCAUAGGUGCAACGCUUGCCACAGGGAUAGCAAUUUUUUCAUAUCAAUCUUUUCAAAGAGACGCGCGCGGGAGAGCUCUUAAAAAGGAACCUUUGUCAAAUGCCAAAACCCGAGGAAUACAAGACUCACGGACCUCGAAUAACACCGCUGACGUUAAACAGUUCGACGAAACUCUUAUCAGAGAACAGUUGGCUAGAAAUAUAGCCUUCCUUGGAGAGGAAGGUGUUAAUAAAUUACGAAAAUCCUUUAUUAUAAUUGUAGGGGCUGGAGGAGUUGGAUCUUGGGCAGCGUUGAUGCUUGUUCGUUCUGGUAUCCAGCAUAUCAGAAUAAUUGACUUUGAUCAAGUUACAUUGAGCAGCUUGAACCGACACGCGGUUGCUACACAUGCAGACGUUGGUAGUCCCAAAGUUGUUGCAUUGCAAAAAAACUUUAAGGAGUUUGCACCGUGGGCGAAAGUUGAACCGGUAAUUGAGCUCUUCACAAAAUCAAGUGCACCUCAUCUCUUAAAAGGAAAUCCAGAUUUUAUUAUCGAUGCUAUUGACAAUAUAGAUACAAAGAUAGAUCUUCUCAAAUAUUGUCAUGAUAAUAAACUCCCGAUUAUGAGCUCUAUGGGAGCAGGCGCUAAAGCUGAUCCAUCACGUGUGCAAAUUAGUGAUAUUAGUCAAACAAUCGAGGAUCCACUUGCCAGAGUUGUUAGACGUCGUCUCAAAAAAUUGGGAGUCGAAUCGGGAAUCACGGUGGUUUAUUCCUCGGAAAAACCUAACGUCAAAUUGUUGCCACUGAAGGAGAGUCAACUUCAGAAUGCUUCUGAUUAUGCGACUUUACCCGAUUUUAGGUCUAGGAUCCUGCCAGUCUUAGGUAAUAAUUCCUCUGUCUUCCAUUUUACAUCAGAUCUAACGAAUAACCAUCACAUUAACAACCCAGGCACUAUUCCUGCGAUCUUCGGGAUGUCAAUUGCCACCUAUAUUAUAACUAAUAUUUCCGGACAUCCAAUUGAACCAUUGGCAAACAAGAAUCGCGACGCUUUAUAUGCCAGGAUGCAUCGUGACUUAUUGAAUAGGGAGAGAAGAACCUAUGGAUUAGAAUCGAUUCCUUUCGAUUUUCACGAAGUUGGAUAUAUAUUUGACGAAAUAUGGCGUAGCAAAAGCGCAAUCUCUGGUUCAAGUGAAAAGCCAACUCUCAUUCGGUGGAAACACGAUCAAUCAUUAACUCAUCAAAAUUGUGUGGUCAUGACCAAAUCAGAGGCAGAUGCACACGAGAAGAUCAAGGAUCCAGAAAAUUCUUACCCAUCAGAGGUAGUCAAAUUGGUUAAAGCCAGAUUCCAGGAAGAAAAGAUGAUUUCUUACUUUCGCUAA